AUGGCUUCUCACAACAACAACGUUGUUGCUACUCUUUCUUCUUGUAACAACAAACCCUAUGAUGAUCAUGCUCACACCAACAACAAACGAAAACGUGAUCAUGCUUCUCUUGAAAACAGAAAAAGAAGAAGAAACAAUAAUUCAAGGAAACUCACUUUCAACCCUUAUCAACAUGAUACUAACGAUGUUUGUCUCUGUCUUUCACUUUCUUGCCACCACCGUACGGCCACCACCACUCAUGAUGACGAGAAAAAGAAGACAUGCAAUGAUGAUUCUACUGUUGGCAAACACAACAACUUGAAACUCCUCCAACCCAUCCAUGAUUCCACCGUCUGUCUCCAUUUCUUACUGUCUACCCCGUCCUGCGGCUGCGAUCAAAUUGCUACGGAACAAAAGCUUGGGGGUCAAGAAAUCAAUGCUGUUAAUGAUCAGCAAUGGGAGAUCAAAAAGUUUCUUACAAAGAGUGAUAUCUGUCCCGGUUUAAUUAGGCUUAUGUUGAAUAAGGAUUUGGCUGAUAAAUUUAUCAUUCCUCACUUGUUGGGUGGUGCUGAAGCUGCUCGGAAAAAAGAAGGAGUACAAGUUAAAGUUUGGGACUUUGACGAAAAAGAACUACAUUCGCUAGUUUUCAAAAUAUGGGCUUCAGACAAAUACUAUGUCUUCACGAAGACUUGGAUCGAAGAGUUUAUUAAAAGAAGGAAAUUGAAUAAAGGUGAUCAAAUCGGCCUUCGCUGGGAUCAACUCAACAACCGAUUUGAUUUCUCAGUCCUACAUCGAGAAAUCUUAGUUUGUAAUUCUUCAUAG